UGCAGAACAAUGUCAGCAGGUGCUCUGGACUGAAGAAUCACAAUGUGAUAUUUGGCUCUAACAGGAUGCGGUGUGUUCGGCGGUAUAAGGAUGAGUGUCGGAAGGCAGCAGAGAAGAAUGCUGGCGGCUCCUUUCCGUUUUGGGUCUGCAUUUCUGAAUACUGGACUGGGUCUGAAAAUCAUCAUUUCAGCCGUUGAAAGAAGUCGUGUGUGUGCCCCAGUGUUCGACAGUAUCAGAGGAAGCGUGACUAUUAACUACGUCGGAAAGAAUAAGGUGAUGAAGAAAAUCCUGAACGUCGGGGAGGAAACAUAUGAAGCUCAGGCUCAGAUGAUUGCUCCUGAUCGGAGGAUUGAUAUUUCAGCUGUUGAAGGAAGCAAUGUUUUUGCUCCAGUGACCUACAACAGCACAGGAACACUGAUAAUCAACUAUUUCGUGAUAACGAAAUUCACGAACAUCGGUGACGCAAAAACUGAGCCUCACGCUCAGGUGAUCGUACCAUUGAGGAGGUUGUCAUCUUAUCCCCCCUCCGGUCUGAGGAUAAACAUUUGUGCUUUUGAUGGAAGCACUGUUUGUUCUCCAGUUUUUCACAACUGUACAGGAACACUGACUAUCAACUAUUUCAGGUUAGUAGGGAUACCAAAAAUGCUAAAAUUAGCUCCUGAGGCCAGGCCAGAGGGUGGUGUGUGUAGGCAAAUGUCUGGUAACAGGGCCACCCAUGUAAGCCAGCCUGUUGGGUGGCAGUCAUGUGAUGAACAGUCUCAGAUGGAUUAACUGUGCAAUGGACACUAGCUUUAGGAAAUUGGUGCGGAACGAGCUGCAGUCACUGUGUGAUUGGUCACAACCUGUCUUCACUUGUGUUUGCGAUUUCCAUGGACAGGAUAUUAAGACACAGCCGAUGUUGGAGAGGUGUC